UUAUUGUGGCACGCUCCUUCCUCCCCUCUCUUCCUUGCUAGCUACUCGGUUUAGCAAGCUAGCGAGAGAAGCUCUUUAAAACCCUGUAACCUAAGCGUUAUUAUUAUGAAUUAAUUGGUCCGUGUUGUAUAUUUUACUUUUGUCUCCGUAGUCCACAUAACAAGCUAGCAAAAUGAACAUACGAAACGCACGGCCGGAGGAUCUUAUGAAUAUGCAGCACUGUAACCUGCUGUGUCUUCCAGAAAACUACCAGAUGAAAUACUAUUUCUAUCACGGAUUGUCCUGGCCUCAGCUGUCAUACAUUGCAGAGGACGAAAAUGGCAAAAUUGUGGGAUAUGUGUUGGCAAAGAUGGAGGAGGACCCUGAUGAUGUACCUCAUGGACACAUCACAUCUCUGGCUGUGAAGCGCUCCCACAGACGCCUUGGCCUGGCACAGAAGCUGAUGGACCAGGCCAGCCGGGCCAUGAUAGAAAACUUCAAUGCUAAAUAUGUCUCGCUUCAUGUUCGUAAAAGCAACCGAGCAGCUCUGCACCUGUACUCAAACACACUCAAAUUCCAGAUUAGUGAGGUAGAGCCUAAAUACUAUGCAGAUGGGGAGGAUGCCUACGCCAUGAAGCGAGACCUGGCCCACAUGGCCGAUGAGGCCCCGAAGCUGAGAAAGCCUGGAGUGCGUGUAUCGGGCCAGGAGGCUCCGUCUGGCCAGAGCCCGUCAGGGUCUGGUGACCAGGAGAGAGAGAACGAGAGAGACAGCGGGGGAGAGAGCAAAGAGCUAAGCGAAGUCAGCGAGGCAACGGAAAGCACAGACGUUAAAGAUUCUUCUUCUGAUUCACAAUGACGCUGCAGUCCUAGACAUUUUUAAAUUCAUCCCUCACUUCCUCUUUUUAUGUCUAUUUGACAAUAUGUCUGGCUUUACAAACUGACCAUCUUUGCAUCAAAGCUGUUACAACAUUUCCAUCACUGGUUUUUCUUAAAUCUUGCUUUCCAGUGUAGCGAUGAACAAAGAGUUUCGGUAAUGACAUAAAUUGGGGUGUAAUCUAAAUGAAACUAAAAUGAAUCAUAGGUCUCUCAAUGUUUUUAUUGGAUUGCUGUUGUUAUUACCAAAAGUGUCCCAAAGCUCUGUUAGAUUUAGAGAGUUGAAAACAACUUCUGCUUUUCAAGUUGUCUCAAUCUGGUCUCUUAAUUAUUUAACAGAAUUACUGCAAAUAAAUCUUUCAAAUAAU